AUGGGCCUAUCUGAUAAUGCGAUCAAGGCCUCACCAGAAAGUUCCGAUAUUGCCACUUCUGGUAACAGCUGUCUACCGCCAAAGCCAUCGGUUAGCAGCCCCACGUCGAUAUUGCUAAACUUGAACGCGUCCGCUCUUUCUCCUGGAAAUCCUCUUAUCCCACUGUUGCCAUCCGCGUCCGCCGCUGCCACUGUUACAGCCACUGGUCUCUCUUCCACUACUCCGCUCUCCAUACCAUUGCCGAUGUUGAACACCCUAUCAGGCAUAGUAGGGGGUGUAACAGGAGUCUCGAUAUCUCUUCGGAAGGAUGUAAAAAAGGAGCCAGAUCUCCAUCUGAUGGACUCGUUGCGUGCCUUAGAUUCAGACGAGGCGCCGAGCUCGUGUAUACAGAAUGCGUUGAUAAAUCAUCAUCGGGUUGAUUCCAAAAGAAAUAGUCUGGAGGCUGAUGAGAUUGAUGAGGUAGAGGAGAUGGAUGAGGUAGAGGAGAUAAAUGAGGUAGAGGAGAUGGAUGAGGCAGAUCAUUGCACAAAAAUGGAUUCCACACUCGAGGAAGACCAGGAAGAGCUGGAAUCUGGUCUGGUCAUCUCUAAUUCCAUAAAUGAUUCUGAAAAAAACGAGCCAGACCACGAGAUGAACAAAGAUAAAGAAGAAGGCAAAUUAGUCGGAGAUGACAAUACUUCUAAUGCUUUCGCAUUAAUCCAGGAGGCAAGCGAGGAUGACCGGCUUGAACUUGAUGUGAAUACUCGCCCUUCACUCGAUAUGGCUGGUAUGACUAUCAUGGACAAGGCUUUAGAUUCGUCUGUCACACAAACUGGACAGCAGGACAGAUUCAAUGAUGUGGAAGCUGAAAACUGUUGCGAGACCCUAUUCAUGGCUGGCUACAUAAGCUCUGGUAUUACAGUUGCUCCUUCUUCGCCGCCGACCCUACAAGUACAUCUUGCUCCUCGUAAAGAGAGAAGAGAACAGGAUAAAGAUAAAAGUUCAGUUAAAGAUGAUGUACCGAAAAAAGACGUCACUUUUGAGGGGGGGGAUCUGGCGAGAAAGCUGGUCAUGAACGAGGAGAGGGCAGAGGAAGAUACGGAGGAGGAGGAGCAUGAGAAUGAAAAUGGGUGUAUGGAAGCGGUAGAUGAAGAUGAAGAUGAGGAAGGCGAGGCAGAAAUUACGGUUUUGCGUGAGAAUCGGAAAAAGGAGGAGCGUAGGAAAGAAAAAGAAGGCAGAGAGCCAGAGAAGAACAGGAAUAAAGAAAAAAAUGGAAAUGAUAAAGAUUCCUCAUCAAGUGCUAUCUCGGAUAUUACCAAGCGGACUGCUGUUAAAAUGGUUGCUAGUUCAUCCGGCCCGAAUACUGGGGGUGGACUUAAGGUGGUACUCAAAACUUUGAAAGAUGGGGCUAAAACGGCCCAAGAAGCCAAGUAA